AUGGCAACGAUUUUCGCGCUUAGUUCUGGUUCUUUACCAUCUGCUAUUGCUGUGUUUCGGAUGUCAGGUAGCCGCUCUCUACCUGUGUUACGUGAGAUAACCAAGAAGAAGCGAUGGAUACCUCGACAAAUGAGAUAUACGAAGAUUUUUACGCAAAGCAAUGAGAUACUAGAUACCGCAAUGGCUGUAUUUCUGCCAGGUCCUUCAACAUUCACUGGCGAAGAUACAGCUGAACUAUACGUUCACGGUAGCAGAGCAGUGUCGGAUGCUUUAGCUGAACGACUGGCUACUUUUGAGGGUGUUCGGCAGGCUACAAGGGGUGAAUUUACGAAGAGAGCUUUCUUCAAUGGUAAAAUGGAUUACUAUGAAGUUAAGGGAUUACGCAAUCUUAUAUACGCUGAGACUCAGCGUCAAAGACAGAUGUCCUAUGGGCAGAUGAGGGGCGGAGCUGAAGCACGGCGAAUACGUGACCUACUUCAGGAUACGGUAAUGCGAACUUUUGUACUAAUGGAUUUUGGUGAACACGUAAGCACCAGCAUCGAUGAUGUGCAUCAGCUAAUAAUUCCAAUCCUUGAAGAAGUCAUCCGUUUGGAGAGCCGAGCUAAAGGAGCUGAGAUUGUCCACAGAGGCCUUCGUGCUGUAAUACUGGGUCGACCAAAUACUGGAAAAAGUAGUUUAAUGAACGCUUUAGCUCAAAGAGACGUAGCCAUUGUAUCUGAUCGCGCAGGAACAACUAGAGAUAGCAUUGAGGUUCGUCUAAAUAUAGCUGGAGUACCGCUAUCUCUCACGGACACGGCCGGAAUCCGUGAGACAGUCGAUUCACUGGAAAAAGAGGGCAUCAACAGAGCAAAGCGAAAAAUCUUGGAUGCUGAUCUUGUGAUCGUUGUGGUCGAUGCUUGUGAGGCUGAGGAAGAAACGAGGUCACUUCUAAAUGAGCUUGAGGAUCUGGUAGAGGUUAACAUUCCGGUAAUAGUUGUUAGGAACAAAUCUGACUUGGCCGGGGGCAAACAGUUUGCUGAAGUUGAGUCCACAUCGCGACUUCAGGUGGUUGAUUGUGUAGACACGUGCGCGUUAAGCACAGAAGGUGUCCAUCCUCUCAUGGAUUCGCUAGAGCGACUAGUAGAGAACCUCUGCCCUGAUGACAGCGGACCAUGCAUGACAGAUACGCUGCUAUUAAGCGAAGCUCGUGAGGAACUGGAAAAUGCGUUGUCGGUCCGAGACUCUGCCCUGUUGUGUGAUCAUCUUCAGCGAGCUCUCGACAUUUUUGGACAGAUGGCUGGUACUACAGUAAACGAGCAAAUUUUGGACGAUCUCUUCAAACAAUUUUGCAUAGGGAAAUGA